UGGAGAUAUCUCCAUUUCACACGUACCUGUUCCUUUUGGCUUGAAUUGGCAUCCCCUAAGCUUUAAUUUGGAUUGGAACAUCUAUCUUAAUUAUUACUAUUAUUAUUAAGAUGGAUCAGAUCACACUGAACUCAUCAUCUUCACAGCGCGAACCCUAAACACACGAUCGACACGACGAUGAUCUGGGAUUCUGGGCUUCAUUAUUACUCUCCAACCGCCAACAUCAUCACCAUCAUGAUCUGGGCUCAUCUCGGUUUCGAUCUGUUGUGUAUUGAUGUUUUCUCCCAGUCCCCGACGACGACCACACAAUAUUCAUUAUCAGAAUGAAAACGCUGCCGUUCAAGUGCUUCGUGGAGCAGAAUCUGGGGAGACAAGGGCUCGCAUUCAUUUACGCCAUUCUGGAAUUUGUGAUGGUGUUGUUGCUUCUCGUUGAUGGGAUACUAGGGUUCUUCUCUGCGGAAUUCGCCAGGUUUUUCGAAUUGGAAGCCCCCUGCUUUGUGUGCACCAGGAUAAUGGAUCCCGCAUUCGCAUUCUCUUCCUCGAAUUGCUGCCAUGGUUGUGUGUGCGAAGCCCACAAGAAGGACAUCUCCUCCCUCGCGUAUUGCCAUGCCCACCGGAUUCUCUCCGAUAUCAGAAGCAUGUGCGAGGAGUGUAUUCUCUCCUUUGCGGCCCACACAGACGGGGAUUGUGAAAGGUACAAGUCUCUGCUGGGGGUUAUGCAUAAUAAUAGUAAGGAUAAGGAUAUCGUGAUCGACUACAAGGAUCCCGAAACCGCUGCGGCGAGAUUCUGGAGUAGAGAUUUUGAGGAGCCGGGAGGCUCUGUGAUUCCCAGGUGUUCUUGUUGUGGGGAGCUUCUAAGCACACCCAAAUGCAUUGCCACUGCUACUAGUAUGAAAGCAGGAGUGGCUCCGCCUCCCUCCCCUUCCCACACCCCUCCACCCCAACUGCACAAUCCUCAUGGUGAUGAGUUACCUCACAGUAUUCCUUACACUCAACUCAUGGUUUCCAACAACGAUUCUCAUCAGCUUCCAGAUAAUGAGGAGGAAGAUGAUAAUGUUUCAAAUGAAGAAUCUGGGGGGGACCAGCUGCCUGAAGAUGCUGCUUCCAAAACCCCAAGCUUUAUUAAAGGUGGGAACAAGUUCUUGGGGAUACCUUUGUCAGAUAACAGGUCAAUAAAGAUGUCAAUGGAUAUCCUCCCAGAUGUUGCAGCUGACACGAAUGAAGGAGAUGGUGAGAAGAAGCAGGUUCUCAUGGCUCUGUGCAUGGAAUUGGACGAAGAGAGGAAUGCUUCCGCCAUUGCAGCCAACAAUGCAAUGGCAAUGAUCACUCGGUUGCAGGCCGAGAAGGCAGCCGUUAAGAUGGAAGCAUUGCAGCACAAGAGAAUGAUGGAAGAACACGCAGAAUACUACCGAGAAGAGCUGCAAGUGAUGAAGGACAUGCUCCUAAAGAGAGAGGAGGAGCUGAAGGAUCUAGAACUCGAGCUCGGGAUGUACAGAGAGAAAUUUGGAUCAGUAACGGUUGUCGGGAGUGAAAUGUUCCAUUCUGGGGAGUAUAUUAAUGAGAACAUGUUGGAUUUGGAUUGUUCUAUGGAGAUAGAGAACGAGAGAUCUCGCCUUUUCAGCAUGUUCUCAAGUUUCCAAAACAAGUUCAAUCCGGCAUCAAACAAUGAAGAAUACCUUCUAGUAAAAUUAGAAGAUCAGGAAGAUCAACAACACUUGGGGGGUAUAGGAAAUGAAAAAAAAGUUACCUUUACAAGAGAAAGGUCAGAUAUCGGAGAAAGAUUGAGAGCCAUUGAAGCAGAAAGUGGGUGCUGCAUAAAGCACACCACUGUGACUUUACAAAGGGGAGACGUAGGGAUCAAUUUCUUGACAGAAAUAGCUGACAAUCUAAAAAAGCUUAGGGAGCUGUGAAGAAGACAUCAUAAUAUAAUAUUAUCAGUGUUAGUUACUGGUUUUUGUGUCUUAGGAUUUCAACAUUGUAUGGAAAAGAUCGAAAUGUGGUGCAUCAAAUGCUUUAUACAACUUUACUCACUUAUUCCUAAUACAAAAUACUACAUAUGCUACAGAAA